AUGCGCACCUCGCUCUUCUCCUCCCUCCUCUUUCCCCUCCUCGUCGCCGCGACGACGACAACAACCUCCAUAACCCUACACAUCCCACCGUCCAACGUCCUUCCUAACCCGCGCACCCUCCCGCCCUCCACCCACGCAACGCUGACCUCCCUCGGCGUCGACGCCUCGGCCUACCUCACCCCAUCCAACACCUUCGUCUUCCACAACGUCUCCCAAGGUAGCUACCUCCUCGACGUGCACUGCCCCAGCCACGGCUUCGCCCCCCUGCGCGUCGAUGUGCUCCCCGUGGUCUCCGGCGAGGGCCAGACGCAAAAGGAAGAGAGGGUGGCAGGCCUCAAGGUCAGCGCCUGGGAGACGUACCGGGGCAAUGACUGGGAUAAUAAAGGGGAGGCCGUCGUCGUGAUGGGCGGGAGCUUGGGGGUGCGGGUUAUGGGACAGAAGGCAUUCUAUAUGGAGAGGAGUACUUUCAAUAUCUUGAGCAUCCUCAAGAACCCAAUGAUCCUGCUAGGUCUGGUCAGCAUGGCUAUUUUCAUCGGCAUGCCGAAGCUGGUUGAUAACAUGGACCCAGAGAUGCGCAAAGAAUGGGAGGAAAGCCAGAAGAGCAACCCGAUGAACAGCCUCAUGGGCGGGGGCGGAGGAGGCCAGAAUCCGGUGGCAAACUUCGACAUGGCCUCGUUCCUCGCUGGAUCCUCGUCGUCGAAAGACAACAAUAACGAUGGCGGGUCCUCGUCGAAAAAGGAGAAGGGUGGACGCAAGUAGCUUCUUGGCAAGUCGAUAACGGAAACGUCAUGUGCCACGCACACGGACGGUAUAGAGGCACUUGAACGGCCAUCAGAGACGUGGAUUAAUUACCUCUAGGCAUUUUGUAGUCGAAGAGCUAUAUUGCAUCUGGAUUUG